AUGGCUGAUGUCCAGAUCUUUGGCAAUGCGCCGCAGUCCGACCGGCCGCGCAAAAGGCGCCGCCGGACCAUGGCCUGCACGCAAUGCCGCAGUCGCAAACUGCGUUGUGAUCGCGAGUAUCCGGCUUGCAGCCGCUGCUUGAAGAGCCGGACGCCGACCAAAUGCACUUACGAGGAUGGCUUCUUGUGGCAGCAACCCGCCACAUUAACGGCUGCCGCAUUCACACCUGAUCGAGGAACCUCCACCAUCUCUGUGCAUUCCCGGGCUGAUCAAACGGGCACUAUUAAUACGCCCGCAGCCUCGGGGUUAGGAGCGGCGCCAACUCGGUCGGACACUCUCGUUUCGACUAUCGCGCCCGAUUCGGACCCCAUUGCUCAUGCUGAGGUUGGAGCGCAUCCUAAAGGUGGGCAUGCAGCGAGGGAGAGGGGCUUUCUGGAGACUGUUCUUGGCGCCCCAAAGGCGGCCGUGAAUCAGGAGCCGUAUGUUAACGCAGGCCUCUUGCAACGGCCGAAACGUGCCGCGCCGGAACCGGAGAGAUUCUCAUCUCUCAUCGACCGGGACGAGGAUGAAGGAGACUCAGAUGAUGUGCUGACCCCGUCACACCAGUUGGAUCUAUCCCCCCGCAUGAUGAUGAGAGGGCGUGAGACCAAGACUCGGUUCAGUGGUUCGGGGAUCUACGCCAAUCUAGUAGCCCAGUUCCCUGACAUUAGGGCGUUCGCCGAGGAGAUUCGUUUGGCGAACCCCAUUCUCUCUCGGGUACGGCCCGAUUUGGAGCGGGUCAAACGGGGCCUGUGGAAGCGCAAACCACUCAACGAACCUUUUCCCGAACCCACCAUUGCUUCCCUCAUGUUAUUGCUGCCGGCACGUCCCGUCGCUGAUGAACUGAUUGGAUUGUACUUGACGUACAUUGAGUCCACGCACCGCAUCCUUCACGUCCCGUCCUUUUUACAGGAGGUGCAGGAGUUCUGGGCCACGUCUGGCAAUCCCAGCAACUUCUCUGCUGGGUUUGUCGUGCAGCUGCUGUUGGUCCUCGCGUGUGCUUGGAAUCUCGCCGAUAUAGCUACUCUGCAGGAGAAGAGCGUCACUCCUCUUAAAUGCUAUACGGCUGUGGAGUGGGUGUUGCAUGCAGAGAAAUGGAUUGACAACGCACAAAUCAAACGGCUCGAGAUCUCAGCUCUACGCCUCCAUAUCUUGUUGAUCAUGGCGCAGAACUACCAUGGCAUGAAACGCAGCAAGGCAUGGCUUGCUACUGGCACAUUGGUCAAGCAGGCUAUGCUGUCCGGAUAUCACCGCGAUCCCGACAAGUACGCCCGCAUAUCCGUCUUUAAUAAGGAGAUGCGCCGGCGAAUUUGGAUGACCAUUGUGGAGUUGGACCUGCAGGUUGCCAUCGACCGAGGCAUGCCGCCGUCGGUUCAAAGCGUGGACUACGACGCCCUUCCUGCUUUAAACAUUGAUGAUGACGAAAUCCACGAAGACUCUAGGGAAGUCCCAGAGGAUCGCCCAGCAAGUGAUAUUACGGAUUCAUCCUUCUCGACUGCCCUCGGGCGAUCUCUCGGUCUCCGGCUGAAGGCCUGUCACCUCAUGCACGCGCCACGGAUCAGUUGCCGCUAUGAGGAGAUCCAGCGUUUGGACUGGGAGUUUAACCGCCAACUCUCUCGCAUUCCUCAGUGGUCCCUGUCGGAGGCGGCCGACCUCGUCACCCAGCACAAAGUAGCACUCUGGAAAUCCGCCAUCGAGACCAAGUUGGCACAAAGUCUCCUUUCCAUCCACACCCCGUUUGCCAUCGAGUCGCGACGGGAGCCGCUCUUUUCGCCCUCGGCACGGUCCCGGCUGGAUGCCGCCGCCAUGAUUCUCUCGACCCAAAAACGGCUCCAUGAGACCGCGCCGCCAUUGUCACUAUGUAUGCUUGGAGAAUGGACUCUGCAGGCAUACAUCUCUAUUUGCCAGCUUCUCCAUACCGUGGACCAUCAGAACCCUAUAUCCUUUUACCCAUCAUCCUCCGCAUUCAUUCUGCACACAAUCCCAGGGCUUCCCGACUCUCUUCUCUCUCUCGUCGAAACCGCGCUCAUCUGCCUCGAAGGCCGAUCUCUGCUGGUGGUCAAGGGCGCCAAGGACUACUUUUUCCUAUCCACCAUCGUUGCAUUAGUCAAGGCCAAGCUCUGGCCGACCCAGUCCAUCAUGUACAAACAGCAGGUGGUCGAGCGGAUCCUUGCAUUUGCGCAGACGCUCUUCUCGCGGCAUGCGAACUGCGAGCACCUCGGUACCCCCGGGAUGGGCUGCUUCAAAGAUAAUCAGCUUGCUACAUUCAUGGUGAACCCGGGCAUGGCGCCGGUCCUGCCAUCGGACUUUGAUGGCCUCUGUCCACCGCCGAACCUCGGUGUCACUCCGCCCGAUGAUUUCGAUCCUUUCUUGGACGUAUUUAACUGGGAAGAUCUCACAGGAAUGGCGCUCGUCCAUUAG